AUGCCUGAUUCUUUCUUGGUUCUUCCUUUUUUCUUUCUUUUUUUCUCUUUUCAUUCUUUUUUCUUUCUUUUUGUUUUUCUUUCUGUUUCUUUGUUUAAUUUCUCUUUUCUUUCUUUUCUUUCUCUCUUUCUUAUCUCUUUCCUUUCUUUCCUUUCUUCCUGUUUUUCUUUCUCUGUUUCUUUUCUCUUUUUCUUUUCUUUUCUUUCUUUCUUUUUGUUUGUUUGUUUCUUUUUUAUUUCUUGCUUGUUUUUGUUUCUUUCAUUUCUCCUUUCUUUCAUUUCUCCUUUCUUUCUUUCUUUCUUUCUUCCACUUUGCUUUCUUUCUUUCUCUUUGCUUUCUUUUUUCAUCUUCUUUCUCUAUUUUCUUUGUCUUUUCUUUCUAUCUCUGUUCUUUCAUUCUUUCUUUCUUUUUAUUUGUUUGUUUCUUUUUUAUUUGUUGAUUAUUUUGUUUCUUUCUUUCUCAUUUCUUUCAUUUCUCCUUUCUUUCUUUCUUUCUUCAUCUUCUUUCUCUUUUUUUGUCUUUUCUUUCUAUCUGUGUUCUUUCUUUCUUUCUUUCUUUCUUUCUUUCUUUUUAUUUACGUUAUUUUCUCUUUUCUUCUUCAAUUUCUUUCUUUCUUUCUUUCUUUCUUUCUUUCUUUCUUUCUUUCACACCCUCGGCGGCAAUGUCUUUAUCUUUGCGCCUUUUUUUUUUCUUUUCUUCAUAGAACGACAUCCGUCUUCGCUGGCGUGUAGAGUCUCGCCAUACUUCGCCAUGCUACAUUGUAUAUUGUCACGGCACUUACUCAAUAGGCCACCUUCAACACUCAUAUUCACAAACAACGGAAAAGUGGGUCAGAAACCUGUCGGUAUCUCAUCCUCUCUCUUUCUUCCGGGGUUUAUCAAUCUUGUCACUCUGCUUGUCUUCAUCACAGGUCAGUUCUUUUCGGAAGUCAAUAUUUUUCGCUCUCAACCCCCCUCCUCUCACUCUUUUGGCAAAAAAUUUAAGGUUAUUCACGUGCUUCACCUUUGCGCGCAACUUUGUGAACCUGGGACACUUUCCAUCUUCGUCUAUCUAUCUAUCUAUCUAUCUAUCUAUCUAUCUAUAUUUAUUUAUUAUCAUCUAAUAUAUCUCAUAUUCAUAAUCAUAUCUAUUUAUUCUAUCUAUCUAUCUAUCUAUCUAUCUAUCUAUCUAUUUAUCUAUCUCACAUAG